GAUGUGGAGCCCGCCGAAGCGCAAAUAGGAGGGCGGCGCACUUGGGUUUCGAUCGCAGUUAAACUCGCAGUUUUCAGACCCAGCCUCAGCCUGACCGGUGCUACCGUUAGGUCGGCUGCGGACCGCUUCGUUCGCCUCCCACUCCCCAGCUAUGAGAGGUGCUGGGGCCGCGGUUCCGGCCUGCCGAGGAGCUGGAGGCCUGUAGGCGAGCGGUCCCGAUGUGUGUGCGCGCCCUCCCCCGCCGCCGGCCUCCCCGCUUCCCCCUGCCAGCCUUUUGAUGUUGUGUGCGUUUGCCCGGCUGCUUCGACAUAAGGAAGGGGCUGCCCGGUCCCUGCGUCAGCCUGUCCUGCGCCGCCCGACUUCAGAGCGAAAGUUUGAGCCAGGGUGGGCCAAUAGCCUGUCACCCUUGCCUCUCCUCCGCCCCGCUCCCUUUGCUGGCCAUGGAGCUGCUGUGUUGUGAGGUGGACUCGGUGAGGAGGGCGCUGCCCGACCCCAACCUGCUGCACGACGAGCGGGUGCUGCACAAUCUGCUGGUGCUGGAGGAGCGGUACCAGCCGGCCGGUUCUUACUUCAAGUGCGUCCAGCAGGACAUCAAGCCCUUCAUGCGAAGGAUGGUGGCCACCUGGAUGCUGGAGGUCUGCGAGGAACAGAAGUGUGAGGAGGAAGUUUUUCCUUUGGCAAUGAAUUACCUGGACAGAUUCUUAUCAAUUGUACAGACCACCAAAUGCCAUCUGCAGCUGCUUGGAGCUGUCUGUAUGUUCCUUGCAUCCAAGUUCAAAGAGACUAUUCCUCUAACAGCGGAAAAACUUUGCAUUUACACUGAAAACUCCAUCACACCGUGCGAGCUUCUGGAAUGGGAGUUGGUAGUUUUGGGAAAGUUGAAGUGGAACCUUGCGGCAGUGACCCCACAUGACUUUAUUGAAUACAUUCUACACAAGCUUACCCUGCCUAAGGACAAGCUGCCAUUGAUCAGAAAGGACGCACACACCUUCAUUGCCCUUUGUGCCACAGAUUUCAAAUUUGCCAUGUACCCACCAUCAAUGAUCGCCACCGGAAGUGUGGGGGCAGCAAUAUGUGGACUUCAGCUCGAUAUUGGCUACUGUUCACUUUUCAAUGACAACCUGACAAAACUCCUGGCCAAAAUCACCCACACAGAUGUGGAUUGCCUGAGAGCUUGCCAGGAGCAGAUUGAAUCAUUACUGGUCAGCAACCUGAGACAAAUUCCACAGCAGAGGAACCCUUCAAAGAGGAUGGUUGAACUGGACCAGGCCAGCACUCCCACAGAUGUGAGAAAUGUAAACCUGUAAGGCAGCUGGAGUGGAAAUGACCCUGCGUGAUCUUCCCUUUAGGAAUAAAUCUUGUUUUUUUUCCAUUUUAAGAUGCUCCUACAUAGAAACUAUCUAAAGCUUCUUUUAGAAAAAAAAACUGAUAUUAAAACUCUGGUGCCUAGGGUGUUCUGCAGAAGGGAAUCCCACCAUGUAUGUUUGCAUAAUUGCUAUUAUAUUAUCAAUGAUGAACGUGCUUCAGAAGCAUAAAAUAGCUAGCUAAAUGCAGGCCUGUGUAUGUGGGAUCAAUUGAUUAGAUAUUUACUGUUCAAUUUUAUGGUGCAUGCACCCUCUUCAGAUUUGAGGAAAUGUCUAUGAUUUGUGGCUCAAUUCAGGUGGCAAAGCUGUUGACUGAAGACAUGGGGAGGAUUGCUGGGAAAUAAUAUUCUCUUUUAUGAAUGAACCAUCUUCAGUGUAGAAGGAAUUUAACUGCUUUAAGAUAUUGAACCUUGUAUCUUCCUGUGAAAUGAGUUACUGGAGGAUUGCCCUGCAGCAGAUUGUACGCUGAGUAUAUAUUUUGCCUUGAAAGUUCGGUGAUUGUCCAGAAAGUCAUUUUCCUUUAAAUCAGCUUAAUUUGUUUUUGUGUGAACUUGUCUGUUUUAUCACUCUUCUCUCAAUGUCGUAUUUAUACUUGUUUCUCAUCUUUACCUACUUGUGUGUUCUCAGUUUUUAAGUCAUUUGUGAGAUCUGGGCAUUCACAGUAAGGUUCCAAUUUAUUUUAUGCCCCUAACCAUCCUUGAGAAGGUGGGGAAGAGUCAUCUUGAACAGAUGUAGUCCAGAUGCUCCCACAGAAUUGUUACUUAGGGAGUUACUGAAUUCCAGUGAUAACAAAAGGAGCAUUAGUGGCUCUUUCUAAUCUUUUAACUUUGAAAUUAUGUAUUUUCACUCCCCCUGUGUUGGUUUCAUACCUUUCAUGCCUUUGUUUCACUUUUCUCCUCUUCAUUUUCUGCAUCUGAUUUUAUUGUGUGCCUGUUUCAUUAUGUCUCUCUCAGAUUUUGGUUUCUCUCUCAGAAAUGGUUCAUUCUAUUCAACAGCAUUGCUUGCUCCAAUUUAUAAGUGUUUCUCUAGCUGUGGGCCAAACUUGAGUGCAUCCGGAGAACUCCCCAUUCAACUACCAAUCAGUUGAUUACACUUGCCAUUGAAUCUGCUGAUAGGAAUUUUUUAUUCCGUACUUUGAUCUCCUAUAGAAACCUUAAGUGCUUGACUACCUGGAAUUUUGAAGAAUGAAGAAACAUAAUUCUAUACUUGCAAUUGAAAUAAGGUGUAACGUUUUUCAGAACUGUAAUUCUCGAUCAUUUAUUAUGCACAAGCAUUGGCCCACAGUUACCAUUAUUGUAAACCAUUUCAUUUGAAAAGCACUUUGAAUAUAUUUCCCAAGGAAUGAAUGGAAUGGUUUAUGAAAUUGAAUUGUUUCCCAGUUUCCAGUGUACAAUGUAAUUAUGGUAUUGCUGUAAAAAGAAACUACUUUGUAAGGAAGACAUUCCAGUUUGGGUUGCAACAUUCCGCAGAUGUUCAGUAACUUCAUGUGUUGUCAGUAUCACAGAAGGCUCUUGUGUGCCACAGGUGUGCCAAGCUUUGGACAUUUGGAUGAGAAUCAUUGCUGGUGCAAGAAGCAGCAAAUAUCAUGGUUCAGAACUAGUUGUUAUUUGAGAAAAUUUGUAUUCAGUCUACUUGAAUUCUUCUGCUCCAUCGUUAGGACAUGGUAAAGAGUUUGGGAGGUUUAUUUGCACAUGUUUUGAUAAUGGUCUGAAAUUUGAAAUUAAAGCUAUUGAUUAAAAAGGUGGUCUGGGGAUUUGUGAAAAGCUGGACUAAAGGUAUUUUUGAGAAAUAGGUUUUUGCUGAAUUGGAGCAGCCUGACCUGGGUUGAUGGAAUAGAUAAUGGAGUAUGAAUCUUUAAUUGCGCUGCUAUGAAAAGCUAUGAUUUGUUUCAUUCUUAUUCACAUUAACAGUACUUGGCUGUAUUGUUUCACUGAGUGUGCUGCUAUUUUAUAAACAUUUUUAUAAUAUAUUAUUUUACCGCUUAAGUUUCAAAAUCUUGGGAAAAUGAGUACAUCGAUUUACUGGAAGUGCCCAUUUAUGGUUUUUUGCAAUAGCGUUUCAUCUUUUUUUCUGUCACAUUCUACAAAGACAGUAUAGUUACCUCAGGUUUACUGGACAAUAAAAUGAUUUCCAUUUGCAAUACCUCACACUUCUACAGUUUUUGGGGAGCUUUGAAGGCAUCAUUGUCUUAAGGAGAUAAGAUUGGCACUCUGUUGUACAUUGCUGCUUCAGCCAUGAGAUGCACAAGCAGAUUGCACAGGCUUAAAGCUCCCUACUGGGCUCAGUAACUUUACCAUGUACCUCAUUUACUUUCAGAUGCACAACUCUGUUCUUAAGACUUUUUGCUUUACUGAGUGUGAUGCCAUACCAAUACAAUGUUACUCUCUCACAAUGUGCUCUUGUAUUUUUUCGUGAUUGUUCAUAUGGUUAGGGAUGAGUAGACAGCAUUUAUAGCUCGGGUACAAUGUGGAAAACUUGUGGGGCAGUUGAUGGGUUCAAGGCUCAUUUCAAUAGAAUUGUGAAUAAAUAUUCAAGUCUUGUUGGUUCAGUAUUGAAAAGGCUUUUUAUUCAAUAUAUAAUGACCUUGAUUGGAUCAUAGGUGGUUUUAUGGUGUGAGGGGAAAUAGGUAUAUCUAUGGACAAUAAAGUCACUUGGUCCAAAAUGUACUUGUGUAUGUUAUCUUUCUUUUUUCCUUGUGCUUUCUCACUUAUCAAGAAAAAGAAACCUUUUGUGGAAUGUAGUUUUCAUCUAAUACUGUUUUAUGCAGAUGACAUAAAGCCAUGUGAAUGAAGGGGAUGCAAAUGGCUUCAAAAAUAUAGUUGAGCUGAAGGAAUGGGCAAUGACAUGGUGGAUGGAAGUGUGGAAAAUACGAAGAUACCAUUUUGAUAGAAGGCAAAUAUUGAAUUUUUCAAUAAUGAGAGAUGGGAAUGUUGAUGUUCAAAGGGAUCUUGGUCUCCUUAUAUACAAGUCACUGAAAGCUAACAUAGACAAUAGGUGCAGGAGUAGGCCAUUCGGCCCUUUGAGCCAGCACCGCCAUUCACUGUGAUCAUGGCUGAUCACAAUCGGUAUCCAGUAUAUAUUAGUUCAUUGUUAUUAACUAAUAUAUGGUUAGUUAUUAGUUAAUAUAUUUUGUGUGUUAAUACUUUCCAUUUGCCUCCAAUUAACGUGGCUUUCACUAAGAUCCGCAUACAAGUAGCCUCUGCCUUGGAUACACCAGACAAGGGAUAAAGAAUUCCAGUUGACCAUUAAUACCAAUAAUGUGAAUAGCUAAUGAAAUAGCUGAGGAGUCUUGAAAUAGGGAUGAAUAUAGAGUAACUAAUUGAGGUCUGAAAUAAGGAAUUUAUUCACUCAAAUGAUGGUGAGUUUUUGGAAUUCUCUACCCAGUGGUGGAUUAGUUAUUGCUACCAAAUUGAGGGCAAAAUAUUCUAUAUUAGAAAAAUGGUGUUGAGGUUGGAAGAUUAGUAAUGAUCUUAUUGACUGGCAGAGCAAGCUUGAGGGGCUUGCUAGCAAAAUGUGCUCCUAUUUGUGUUACAGUGCAUCGUCAUUCAUAAAUUCUAUAAGCACUUUUGUUUUUUGAAGCACCAAUUGUAUUUGAUGUUAUUUUAAUAAAUAGAUAGGAGCUGAAAGGUAAAUAUAACCAAAUUGCAAAUUUCAUCCCUUCAUUCAUUCUCUGUGUACUGUAGCUUAUUUGUCAAAAAGCUGAUAACUAGGCUUUAUAGUUAGUCAAUCGGGCAUGGCAUUAUGAGAUUGUGGUUCUGCAUAAAUUUCCAAUAUCAGAUAUUAAGCUAAUCAUUUACUUAAUGUGAAUCAUGGUCAAUUUUACUGGCACAGGCAUAAGCAGCUGAAUCAGCUGAGGAUCUAGAAAUAUUCAGAAAUGUAUUAUCAAAAUUCAUUUGAGUUGAGAAAAUUUACUAUUAUCGGCUUGCCUCCAGAAUCAUUUUGCAAGGAAGCUAUUACUUUAAUGGAAGUUCAUUGGGCAUGUUAAUACUUUCCAUUUGCCUUCAAUUAAUGUGGCUUUCACUAAGAUCCACAUACAAGUAGCCUCUACCUUGGAUACACCAGACAAGGGAUAAAGAAUUCCAAUUGACCAUUAAUACCAAUAAUGUGAACAUUUAGCUAAGCAAUUCCAAACCAAGGUAUCAUUUCCUGUGAAUGUUUCUGUUGGCUACUUCAUUGAAAAAAUAAAUGCUCCAGUUCUUCCAUACAGCAGACCUUAAGCUUAGAACUGUUUCUACAGAGUCUGAGUGCCUGAACAAAGCUCUCAGAAAGAUAGUUCUGGUGGUAAUACAUUAAUUAAAGUUCACAUCAUAUUGAGAUGUGAUGUGACAUUCUGCUCCAGGCAGAUAGGUACAUAAAUGAUUCUAUAAUUCACAUCACUGCUGUAUAGCUAUAUUUUUAUGGUUUUAAGUAGGAUUAAAUGUAUUUAAAAUGAAUAAUUGAGUUCUUUAAUAGCUUGGUGUUUUUUAAAAUUGGAAUUACAAAUAGGUGUAAAGCAGCAGUCUAUAAAUCUUUGUGGUUUUACUGAUUUUGUUUUUAUGUUUAUUAAUUCACAAAAUGAGUGCUGCUGACAUUUUAUGCCAGUCUUCAAUGGUCCCUUGAUGUGUGGCUUGCUAGAUCAUAUGUUUGAUGCUUAAGAUUACAGUAUUCCAUAUUGCUGAGAGUCUGGACUUGUGUACAGGCAGACUGGGUUAAGAUUUAAAAGACAUCAAUGAACCACUUAAAAUAACAAUUUUACAGUCAUCCAUUACUAACAGAUGUGUUGAGGUUUAUUUCAUUAACUGAAUUUAAUUCCCACAUGGAACCUUUGAAAUUUAAACUAGUCUGGAGAGGUGAUCUGGAGACACUUGGAUGUCUAAAAACUUAACCAUUGUACAGUUUUAUUCUUGUUCACUCACACAGCUUAACAGUGGAGUGUUCAAGACAAUAUGACUAAUCCCAAAUUACAAUGUUAAUAAUGACUUAAUUUAAGAACCAUCCAGAAAAUGUAUCUGGUUGCUAAUUACAGGAGUUGGAAACCGCAAAAACUUUAAAUUUGGAGGAAAAGCCUUUAUGUUCAAUAAUUAUCCAAAAUUAUAAGUCACAACUAGCCAGCCAGUGGUGUAGUGGCAUCCAAACCAAACUUCGAGGCGAGUGGUCCUGGGUUCAAAUCCGGCUGGUUCCUUGCAUGAUUUCCAUCUGUGCGUGCUGGGUUGAGCGUCAAGCUAGCAACUCAGCUUUAUCAAAAAAAACAAAGUGCCAAAGAAACAGCAAGGUUGCUGCCUGAUGUACCACAAGGCAUGGAAAGGAACAACAGUAAGUCACAAUUAUUUUUAAUUUAAAUAAUAGGGAGAAUUUUACAAGUACUGUAC